UUUGUUUCACUUUUCAAAAAUUAUGAAACGGUUUUGUUCUCUUUUACUGCAAUAGAUUUUGUCAUUUUUAAUACUACGUAAGUUUUAAUACUACAAAAACGUAUGUAAAUUAUGGAAUGCGAUGAACUUAAUAACAGAAGUCCAGAAGACAUCGAUGAAACGAAUGCUGGUUUGAAUUCUUACAUUCUGGAUUAUUAUAAAAAGUUUGGCAAGAAACGUGAUUUAGAACAAUAUUUCUCUUUAACUACAGUCCACACUGAAGCUAAAGAUCCAACAAGUAUAUUUUGGAGAAGAAUGAAGUCACAAGAAUCAUCUGAUUCGAGUGAAAAGAAAAGCGAGUCUUCUACUGAACUGUGUAGAAUAUCUAUUAAAUGUUCUAUUCCCGAAGCUUCUAGUUCACAGGAUGAAAAUUCAAAACCUAAAAGUGAUUCGGAAUCUCCACCCAUUAUUGUGGAAGAUGUUGCAUCAAAACACUCGGACAAUGAAUCUAUGAGAUCUGAUGAUUAUCAUUCACAAAAAUCACUGGAUGCAAUAUUAGAUACCUCAAUGAACAAACCAUUAUCGCCAUCAAGUAGUAUUACAUCGCAACGCAAAUUAGAGUGGGAUUCAUUAGCUGAUGUAGGAUAUGCAAAUGAAAGUGACAGAAAAACAUCAGCUUCCAGUCUAAGCACUUUAGAAAGGCUUGCAUUGAAACAACAAUAUUCUAAUAAUGACACUAAACAGCAUUCAGAAUUGGAGCCACCUACUGCUCAUUCAACUCCAUUAGAACAAGCCGAAACCAGAGUGAAGGGUAAAAGAAGUACUGCAAAGAAAACAACCACUAUCUACAAGAAAGAUGUAGAUUAUGUAGAAGUUAAUGUACCCCAUGGUAUAGAUGAAAAUCCAUCACAAGCAAUAAAUGUAAAUUUAACUAAACACAUAUCCUUUAAUGUAGAAAAAGAUGGAGGCAUUACUGUAGAAAAUGUAAAAAAAGAUGUUAAUAUUACACCUGAUAAAGUAUCAGUUGAAACUGCAGUGACUCCUAAAGUUAAAAUAGAUAAAGAAAUUCAGACAAGUUUAAACAAUGAUAAUGAUAUAAAUUCACAAGAAGCACCAAAUCAAAAAUCAUCAAAAGUUCAUGGUAUUCCAUUAUUAAUCACUUUAAAUACUUUAAAGAGAAGAAAUAAGAGAAAAAAGUUAAGAACUGCUAGGAGAAAGAGAAUAACAAAGAAAAAAACACAUAUAGAUAAAGGAAACAUACAUGUACAGGAUAGAAGUACUGAGCAAGUAUCUGAAGCUGAAAGUUUUGAAUAUAUGCCAGGGCAUAUUUAUAAUCAAAAUCAACUACAGCAAAUUGAAUCUAAAGUGAACUUAGCUGGAAACAAGUCUAGCUUAGAAUCAAGUGGGCUUUUAACCACAGAUUCAAGCAAAGAUUCUAAGCAUUCAUUUAGCAAAGAUUUAAAAAAAAGCAUUGAUGUACUAAAAAUGGCACUACAGUAUCGUCAUGAUGAUUCUAAUCUCAAAAAACAAAUGAUCAAAGAAAUUGUUCGAAGACUACUCAAUUCCAAAUAUCGCGAUGAUGAUAGUACUACUGAGUUUUUGUCUGGUUUAAGUAUUUCUAGCAAAAAAAAAGAAUUAGGGGAAAGUAAUACAACAAGUACUUCAGAUGGGACAACUACAAGAGAUAAUACUAAAUUGUCAAAACCAAACAAAUCUAUAUUACGUAUACAUAAAUUCAAUCCUAGUAAAUUAGCUUCAACAUCUCAAAGUGCCCCGAAUUUAUCAGAAGUAUGUAAUUGUGACAAACUAGCGACUUCUAAACUUGUAAAGACAUUCACUUCCUCUUAUACUGAAUCAGAUGCUUCAAGUAAAGGAAAAAAUUCUUCAGAUACUGCUUUUGUUAAAACUUCGUCAGAAGAAUUGUAUCAAAAAUAUUUAGAUGCUCUUAGACGGGAAGAGACUUAUAGAAGACAUUUGAGAGAUAAAGAAAAUUUCCUAAAACAAAAAUUAGUUAGUUCCGACAAUGCAUUUAAAACAACACAUCAACCUGAUAUGAAAUCAAAUAAUAAAUUAAAAGAGUUGAUAAAGGAUCUAACUAGAAAUAAUUAUGAUGAUGGCUCAGGUGAUGCUAGUAAAUUAGAAGGUGGUUCUAACAAUAAUAUUGCAGGCAUUGAAAAAAAAUAUAAUAUAGGAAAACAGAGAAGUCAUUCUGUAUUUACCCUUUCAUCGGGCACUUCUGAUGCUCAAAAUAAGAAAACCAACUUAAAAAAGAGAUUACAAAAUGAAAUCAAUGACACAAAGAUAGCCCAUGUUAAAAACAAAGAAAAAUAUUGCUGUUGUCGACGUCAUAUCACAACAAAUGUUGAUGUAAUUGAUAGUUCAGUGCAAGUUGACAUUAAUUUAGAAAGUAAUAAACUUAGUUCUGUCGGAAAUGAUAAGGAGGAAGCUAUAUCAAAGGAAACUGAAGACAGCUGUAAAGCAAUUCCUAUACCCGUAGCUCAACUGGUAUCUGAUAAUAAUUCAGGAGAUAUAAAAUAUGUAUGUUUAUGUGGUAACAAAGGCAUAACUUCAUAUAAUGUGCCUGAUGGUAUGUUGAUAUAUAAAUGUUCACGUUUAACUCAUACAGGUACUCAACUGGAAGAGCCUGUUUUAUCAAAUAUCUCACGAAAUCAAUGUCCAAUAGAAUCUUCCGAAAUUAAAAAUAUUUGUAUAAGUCAACCAUCAACUUCAAAAAACAACUAUAGAAAUAAUAAUACCGUAUUACAAGAUAGUAGCAUUGAAAAUAUUCCGGUAUUAAAAAGAUCAUCACAAUCAUCACAAACAAAUAUUGCGUUAAACAUAUUACGACAACCAACUAGUGAUAAAAAUUCAACUUCAUCUGUUUCAAGCAGUGAAAAAAAUGCAUCGGAAAUUAAAAAUUCUGGUAGGCCAGUUAAUAAUAAUAAUACAGUUUCUGACUCCACAAGAUGCAUGCAAACAGAAAUAAGCAUUAAUCCGAAAAUUUCUGAUCCAAGUUUAACCGACAUACUUAUUAUUAAUGAUGAACAUUGCGUUGAAAUAAUUAACGAGAACCGUAGGAGAUUGUCGAAAGGUAAUUCUGAAUAUGUGAGUAAUCAAUUUAAACAUGAGGAACUUGAAACAGAUAAAAAAAGCGAUAAAUCUGUUAAAGUUCUGUCAUUACAACGCAAAUAUUCUACUGAGUCUAAUAAAGGAAUAUGUGGUAACAUAAUAUCUACAGUAGAAAAUUUAAGUGAUAUAGAACACCCAAAAAUCCAAUCUACUACUAAUUUUCAAAAUAUUAGUAAGUUUAAUAAUCAUCGUGUUUUAGAUAAUCCAGUAGAUAAUUUCACAAUACCAAUACAAGGCACAAAUAUGACAUUAAAAGUGAGUAUUGACUCAGACUCAAAAUCACCUAAACAAUUGAAUGAAAUAACAGAUCAGGGAACUGAUGUUAUUCAACCUAUUGUUGAUGAAAAGGCUACUUGUUUGAGGGAAGAAUGUACCAAAGGUAUUCAAUCUCAAACAACAGAUAUUUUCUUUAACAUGAAUGAUGGAAUAGAAGAAAGUAUUCAAAAAACAACGCGUGCUAUUUUUGAUCAUAAUAGUAAUAAACUAAAUAAUCAGGGAAUAUCAAAUACUUUUAAGGAGUCCGGUAUUGUUAGUAGUAGCUAUACUGGUGAGAGACAUGCAUACAACACAUAUCCAAGAAAUAUUCAAAUUAAUGAAGAAAAGCCUUUAUUGCGAUCCGCUACUGAUUCAGGUAGGAUUGAGAGGGCACUUGGUAUUCAAACUGAAGACAUAGAUAAAAAAGAUGCUAUUACGCAAGGUUAUCCAAAAUCAAAUGAGCAUAAGGUGACAGAUUCUGAUACUGAUCAACCUAAAAGAUGUAGAACCACCUCAGAGGAGUCAUCAAAACAAUCAAACUCAUCUAAACAACUUAAAGAUCUUUUAAAUGAAGUAGUGCCAGGCUUACGAUUGGCAAACCGUAAGUCGAGUAGUGAAGCUAGUAAAGAUCCUAUAUUAGACAUUAUUCAAGACAUAACGAGACGUUAUUCUAAAAAAGACAUUGGAAAAGAAAAAAGGAAAAAGUGUUUUAAAGAAAUAAUUUCUGUUCUUAAUUAUUUGUUAGAUACAGAUGACAGCACUAAUGAGAAAGAGCAACUGCAUAUAUCCGAUAGUUCGACACCACCUGAAUCAGAACACAAGCAAGAAGAGCCAAUAAUUGAACGUAAGUACAGUAAAAAUACAAAAAUAUUAAUUGAUAAAGCUGUUCAGUUGUCGGCCAGAAAAAUAAAGGAAUUGAAUAAUUUGACUACUGAAUCGUCUGAAAUACCAGUUUCAACUGAUUUGCCAUCGACAUCAUCUGAUGCUGCGACUUGUAAAGUGCUUAAUAAAAUUAAGAAGGAAUGUGACAAAUAUCACCAAAAACGAUGUAAAGUCUCUCACGGGGGUGCCAAACCAUGUGAAGUUUCUAGUAGUACUUCAGCAAAUUGUGAAAAAUGUGAACGCAUACACCAUUGUUCAUGUCGAGGUCAUAAAUGUAAAAGUCACAAGAUUAGAUCCAGCACAGAAAAGGUCAAAAAGAAAUGUGUAGCCUAUAAUUUAAUAAUUCAAACAUCUGAUAGUGUGGUUAGUGAGGAGGCGGUCGAUAAGAGUAAUAAAUCCUUGCAGAAUAUCGUCAUUAAGGUGCCUCCAAAACAUAAACAGUUUAAAGAGUUGUCUACUAAAAUUGGGAAUAAUUUGCCUCAGUAUAAUCAAUACUAUAAUCCCAAGGAGCGAUCCCGAAGUUUGCCGAAUGAGUGUGAAAUUUCUAGUACAGACGAGGUUACCAAGACGAAUCAAGGGUAUACAGUUAGAGAUUAUCUGGAGAAGAAUCGUCCAGAUUUUGUAGAAAAUUGUUCGAGCCGCCAAAAUUGCUUAAAAUUCAUCAACGAAUCAAGAGCAAAUGAGCGGGCUACCCAACGCCAGUUGCUGUCAUUGCAACUGGACAAGGAACCAGCCUUGACCACCGUCAGUGAGACUGAGCUGCAUCAGUUAGCCAAAGAGUUCGGCGUCGAGCUUCGUAAAAAGAAACUUGCACCUAAAUUUAUAAGUGAGAAAGAAAUGAAAAAGCAUUCAGAAAAGAUUUACAAAUCCCUGCCUGAAGUGGUUAGAAAAAAAGAAGAGAAAAAGAAAGAGAAUAUAAAAAAAACGAAUUUGCUUAUGGCCAGUAUUUUUAAAAAGAAUCUUCAAAAGAAAACGUUGCGCGGCUCUGUGAACAUUUCAAAUUAUAGUACUGUUAUAAAAAUUUGACAUAAAAAUAGAAAAUUCAUUAAGCGACAUUCCAUUAAAAGUUUAUGAAAUAAUUGUCAACGUUACUGUUUAUUUGUAAUGUAUAUGUAUUAUUAAAUCCAAUGUAUUUUGUGACAAAGGUUGUUGACCUAUUUUAUUAUUGAUUAUUGUAAAUAAAUUUAUAA